AGCUAACAAGUCUGCAUAAAAUGAAGUUUUUCAUAUUAAUACUGUUGACAAAAACCUGUUUAUGCUUUGAUGUGCCCGCAACAAGUUGCAAAUCUGACUUGACCAUAGACAAUGACAAGUAUAAUGUUUCGAAAACUUACCACACCGAUGGUGGGUAUCCGACUGACGCCCAUUUUGAUGACAAAGGAAACAUAUUUUACAUCGAAACCGGCAACAAUUUCAAUGGAUAUUACUUUAACGCAAGAAUAAUACCAUUGAACUCGACCACGCCUCAAAAUAUUCCUGGUCUUCCCGACGGCGUUAGCUACUCCAUCGCAAUCGACAAAAAUAAUAAAAAAGUGUAUUUCAGUACAGACGAUGGCAUAUUUUCUUAUGAUUACGAAACACAAAAGGCUAUAUUGAUGUCAAAGCCAACAGCAAAAUUUAACAUGAUCUCUAUUGAUAAAGAUGGGAAUAAAUAUGUCACGAAAAAUGUUGAUGGAAUUGAAGAAGUAUAUCUCUUGGUGGGUGAAAGUAAAAUUCGCUUUAAAACGCUCGAAGCACUGGACGAAAUGGCUAUAGACAAUAAAAACAAUUUUUAUUUCAUCAGAGAUGAGAAACUUUUUGUAUUAAAGUCCACAUUAUCAUUGCCUAUUGUUCUUGGCAAUGUAACAUAUGAUGGAAUGGCCCAGAUAUCAUUUUAUAAGGAAAGAGUCUUUGUAGCCAGCAGUAAUUUAAGAUAUUUUCAUGAAAAUGAUACAAGGUUUAUGAAAAUAAUUAAUAACAUACCAGAGAAGGUGUCUGCAAUUGCUUUUGAUAAGGAUGGUAAUUUCGUACUUGGUCUUCUUGGAAAAUUAUUGCAUUAUAAGAAGCAUCAAUGCUAUUUAAGAAAUUAUUAAAAAAUGUCUUGCUAAAAUUGCA